AUGGCUCCUUUUGAAACACUUUAUGGCAAAAGAUGUAGAUCACUGAUUGGGUGGUAUGAAAUGGAUGAAACAUGGUUGUUUGGGCCUGAUCUUAUUCAUCAAGCAAUGGAUAAGGUGGAAAUAAUUAGAGAACGACUCAAGACAGCUAAGAGUCGACAGAAGUCUUACGCAGAUGUCAGAAGGAGGGAGCUAGAAUUUGAGAAGUGUAUUGGAGAUCAUUCCCUAGUGUUUCCUGUACAGGAGGUCAAUGUGAAAGAAUCAUUGUCAUACGAGGAAGAACCCAUUGCAAUCUUGGAUUGCCAAGUUCGAAAGUUGAGUAGUAAUGAAAUAGGUUCGUUCAAGGUGAUCUGGAAGAAUCAAAAAAAGGAGGAAGCUAAUUAG